AUGAGGGAAAACAUCGACUCGUUGAAGUUGAGAUGGUUAUAUAGGGUGGCCAAAUCAUUUCCAUUUGCCCCCUCCGAUGGACAGUGGGGCGGCUACACGCUUACCACACUUGGAGCGAGAAGACUUCUCUCCCAAGACAGAAGAAUGCCGAAACAACGGACGGUAUAUUCAGAGAACAUGGCCAUGUUUGGGAUUGUAGUCAGAGUAACAUCUAUUUUGGGUGAUGAAGUUGGCCCUCCGCUCGUCCAGAUGGCUCGCAAACGCGUCGUCUCGGAACGAGCAGAGCUGCUAAUGAUGGCCCAUCCCGGAAAGCGGAAGGGAGUCAACGUAGUUCAUCUGGCCGCCUUCUCGUCUUCCCUUUUCGACAACUGA